UAGAGAGGAUACAAUGGAAAAAAAAAGUUACGCGGAUCUGUCAAUCUGAAUUGUGAUAUUAGAUAAGUGGAAAUCGAGUCACGAAUGGUAACGCGAUUACGAAAGUAUCUUUUCAUGAAGGUCUUUCAAUGUGGGUCUAGAAAAGCGUCAAGUUUGACAACAGUGCCAAAAACGCCGCUCCAAAGUCCGCCAGAGAAAAAACUGAAACCGAAUCAAGGCUCAAUUAAUGCAAUUAGAAAUACAAGUUUUCUCAGGGAACAUAACCUCACUGUCGGCACGAUGACUGCUGAUGAGAUACAAACUGAAAGUUGCAUUCAGGAUGGAUCAGUUUGCGUUACAAAAUUGCAAAGAGGAAAAACUGUGUAUUUAGAUGCACCUAUCAAGUCGCAAAACGAUAAAAAAGAGUAUAGGGUGAUGAAAUUGGAAAAUGGCUUGACUGCUUUGCUAAUUUCAGACCCUCAUUCACUGUCCUCUGAAGACAAUGAAAGUGAUGGUAAAGCAGAUGCAGUAUGUAGUGAAAAUGAUGAUGAGGAAAUGGAUGAAGAAACUGACAGUAAUGAGGAUGACAAGUGUGAGGAAGGAAGUGAUCAAUCUGAUUCUGACGGUGAAGAUUCAUCCACAUGCUCGAAACAAGUGAAAAGAGAAGAGAAAAUGGCAGCAUGUGGAUUAUCUGUGAAUGUAGGGUCCUACAGCGAUCCAAUAGAGAUUCAAGGUUUAGCACAUUUUUUGGAACACAUGGUUUUCAUGGGAUCAGAAAAGUAUUCUCAGGAGAAUGACUUUGAUGCAUUCAUUAAAAAUAGAGGAGGUUCUAACAAUGCUACCACCGACUGUGAAUUAACAACAUUCUAUUUUGAGAUACAAGAAAAGCAUCUUUUAUCAGCUCUGGAUCGUUUUGCUCAAUUUUUUAUCAAACCUUUAAUGAAGAAAGAUGCUAUAACUAGGGAAAGGGAGGCUGUAGAAAGUGAGUUUCAGGAGGUCUUACCAUCCGAUUAUUGUAGACAAGAACAAUUAUUCCGUAGCUUCGCAUAUCCGGAUCAUCCAGCAGCAAAGUUCACUUGGGGUAAUUUAGUAACAUUACGGGAUGGCGUAACGGAUGAUAAGCUUUACGACGCGUUGCAUAAGUUUAGGGAACGUCACUACAGCGCUCACAGAAUGAAACUUGCCAUACAAGCUAGACUCCCACUGGACGUGCUAGAAGACUAUGUAACGCAAUGCUUUGCAAGUGUACCGAGCAAUGGUUUACCACCUGAUGAUUUUACCGCAUUUAAAAAGGAAAAUGCAUUCAAUACAUCUCGUUUCAGAAGGAUCUACAGGAUUAAGCCCAUAAAAAAUGUUUGCAGAGUAGAGUUGAUAUGGUCUCUGCCCCCUGUGCGUGAUUUAUACAGAAGCAAACCUUAUCACUAUGUCUCUUGGAUCAUAGGGUACAAGGGAAAAGGUUCUUUGAUUAGCUACUUAAGGAAAAAGAUGUGGUGUCUUGAAAUUUUUAGCGAAUAUGAACAUUGCUCCAUGUAUACAUUGUCCUGUCUAAGUUUAGUACUAACUGAGCAAGGCUACAAGCAUUUGCUAGAAGUGUUGAAUGCUGUAUUUUCUUUUAUCAAUAUGGUUCGCAAAGAAGGCCCUCAGAAGAGAAUCUACGACGAGAUUCAUCAGAUUAAAGAAACUGAUUUCAGAUUCACUGAUGAAGAACCACCUGUAGAGUACGUUGAAGAUCUGUGUGAAGAGAUGCAUUACUAUCCACCUUGCGACUACAUUACUGGACAAGAAUUGUACUUCGAAUAUAAUCCAGAAGACAUCGAACGCUAUUUGAAUUACUUAAGACCAGGCGAUGUAAAUAUCAUCAUUUCUAACAAGAAGUUCAACGAUGAAGAAUUCGACAAAGUGGAGCCUUGGUUCAAGACCAAAUACACCGAUACAGUAAUCCCUAACAAGUGGAUAGAAUGCUGGAGAACCAUCGAACCUUAUCCCGAGUAUCAUUUACCUUUACCCAACGAUUUCCUCACAGAUGACUUCAGCUUAAUCCCGACUCCAGUUGAGGUACCUAAAUAUCCUACGCAAAUUCAUUCAGAUGAACUGAUUGAAAUCUGGUACCGGCCUGAUACGAAAUUUGCCUUGCCCGAAUGUUACAUGUAUUUUUAUAUUAUAUCUCCUACGGCUGUUGCUUCGCUGAAGGGUGUGGUUAUGAUGGAAUUGUACGUCACUCUACUGCAACUGUUGCUAGUAGAAGUAUUAUUUCCUGCUACGGUUGCUUCCCUGAGCCAUGAAAUUUACUCAACUGACAUGGGUAUUGCUCUCAGAGUGAAUGGAUUCAAUCAGAAGCUGCCAUUAUUGCUAGUGACAAUCGCAAAAUGCAUAGCGAAGAGUCCAGAAUUGACAGAAGAGUUUUUCGAAGUGAUCAAGGAAACACAAGCGAAAUCGUACUAUAAUACUUUUAAGAAGCGUAAUAAAUUAAUUGUAGAAGUGAGGUUGUCGAUUCUAAUGCAAACCCACUGGACAUCUGUGGACAAACAUGUUGCCAUCAACACCGUGAAAUUCAACGAGUUCCAGAGCUUUAUCAAAUACUUCACCGACCACGUUUAUAUUAAAUGUCUAGUGCAAGGGAAUAUGACGCAGGAGGACGUGAUUGAAAACGUCCAGGGAUGCGUGAAGAUCCUAAAAUGUGGACCACUGUUGCCCAACACUAUGCCACAGAUGAGAAUUACUCAAAUACCAAUUGGCAAACAUUAUUGCAAAAUUAAGAAUCUGAAUGGCACAGAUGCGAAUUCUGUAGUGAAGAAUUACUAUCAAUCUGGCAUUACGUCUGUUAAAUUAUCGAUCCUUAUCGACCUACUGAUUCUGCUCAUGGAAGAGCCCCUUUUCAACCAACUCAGAACGCAGGAACAGCUUGGCUACGAUGUUUCCUGUACGCCAAAAAAUACCUAUGGGAUUCUUGGCUAUUCUAUUAUGGUUUGCACUCAGGCAGACAAAUACACCACGGAACAUGUGGAUAAUAGAAUAGAGGCCUUUCUAGAAAUGUUCAAUAAUAUUCUAAAAGAGAUCACAGAGAAGGACUUCGACCGUAUCAAAGAGACGUUAAUAAAACUAAAGCAACAUGCAGACAUACAUUUGAAAGAAGAAGUUGAUAGAAAUUGGUUAGAGAUUAUCUUCGAUGAUUACAUGUUUGAUAGAAUAGAGAAACAGUUACAAAUGAUAGAGCACAUCAAGAUAGACGAAUUAAGAGAAUGGUUGAAUUCUCAUGCAGUUGGUGGCAGUAAUUUCAGAAAAUUGAGCAUACAAAUAGUUGGAACCCCUACAAACACUGAUAAAGAAAAAAAUGAAAGUGUUCAUUCGGAAAACAACGAGGCCAACAAAUGAAAGAUGCCCUUCUCUUGUUCAGCCGGCAGAGCAGUUGUAUUCCAAAGAACAGAUUUACAGUAAAAUGUCGAUGCAAUUUGAAUACUCUUAAUUGUUACAACAUCCAUUAAAAGUGCAUUUUGCAUUUAAUAUUUCGAAUAAUUAUUGAAUAUAUUGUUUUUUUUUGUUUUGUAGUAUUAUAGAGUUGC